AUGACUUUGCCUUCACUUCGGCCCGAUAAAGUGCAGUCAACAUCAACACAUCUCUUCACUCCGCCACCGACAAGCCCUUACUGCUUCUCAUUUCACAACGACACUACGCCUUCGAUUCUACAAAGAUAUGAGAACUUUGCAGAUAAUGCAGAUGUUCUUCUUGCGCAAGAGGCAGCUGAAGACCGCCGCCGCCAAGCCAGAACGGAACAGGCCUGGCGGGAAAGCCAGCAGCACUCGUGUGAAGAAGACAACGAGACAACCCCAUGGCUUAAGCAUACGAGGUGGCCAGAGACAUUCAGGAAUCGACCCCUUGACAUCAUCACCGCCUCCGCGAGGCAGCCUGCUCGAGGCCCCUAUCAGGGCAGCGAAGAUUACUUGCUUGGGUAUUGGCGGGGACUGCCACUUUAUAGUCCGGCGGCAGCAGAGGCACAACUACGGCUACUAAUGCGCGCCGUCGACGACGUAUUCGACCGUGCAAAGGCAACACUAGCAUCCACAUCCUAUCGGUCGAGGUGCUGGCUCUCGAGUCAUUGGAAAGACGAGUUUUGGCACCGUCCGCUCCGUAUACUGCCGCCUUCGACCGAACAGAAAUACAAAUCGUACUGGAAGCACUUCAUCUGCUAUGUCUUUCGAGCCCUCGCUCACAAGCCAGUCCUGCGUCGGGAGAUCUAUAAUGUGCCAUUAGGUACAGAUGAUGUGAUAAUGAUGCGGCACAUCUUGGAACUGGUGUCGCAGCUACAAAAGGAGGAGGAAGAGGGAGAGGAACUGGCUGAAACCAUUACGGAGUCCUCAAGCGAUGAACAAGAUGAGGACGAUCAGGAGAUGAGUGAAGAUGGUAGCGAGAGCUUUCACGAGGCACAUAGUGAUAGUGAAGGUGAAAGUGAAGAAGAUGCCGAAGAACAAGAAGACGAAGACGACGAAGACGACGACAUACAGGAUGAGAAUGGCGUAUUAGAUCAUGUCUUUCAUCUCCCUACUGGUACUCGCCUCAAACUUUGUGAGGCUCUCUUUCAGCUGUCCAUGAUGUUCUGGAUUUACCAAUGCCCAGCCGGAACCAUGUCAUCAUCAACACUGAUACAUUUCACCGCAGUUAUGGGAGUACACCGUUCUUCUCUUGCGUUUCGCGAUGCAUACAACUCAACACCAAUGCUUGCGGCUGUGAUAUGGAUAGGCCGGCUGAUGUUCCUCGAAUAUAGCCUGCCGUUGUACAACUAUAACACUCUCGUGUGUACCUGGCCCUCUCGUGAUGCCUAUCCGUCCCAGCCAGCGCGCCUGGAGACAAUCAGAGCCAAGUACAUGCUACGAGGUUGUUAUUCACCGCUUAGCGAACUUAUCGAGCUCAAGGCAAUGGGAAGGAGUAUUGUCAAGCGCGAAGGAGUACCAGGUAAUCUUACAUGGGCUCCAGAUGGUCACUCUUUCACGAUCGGCAACGCCAAGGUGGUGCGGUUAUCUGAAUUCUGCACCACCUAUCAAGCUGCUAUCAGUAAUGUACAAGAGCGAGUAGCGGAGAUGAUGCUAGGGUGGCAACCAGAAGUGGACCUGUCCCAGGUUCGGGAUGAUUUAACGUGUCGUUUACCAGGGUGGUGCUUCCUCGACAAGCCCGAGAAUAACCUCGGGAAUAUAUACAAAGCAAUGGCACGCCGUGCAUGGUCAUCAACCUUUCGUGGCCAGGCGCUUGCCAAAGCCGGCCACUGGCUGCCAGGACCGUGUUUAGCAUACCUAGAAGCUGGUACAAAACUAGGCACUAUGGCAUUUACAAGCAUCCAUAUCACACCAACACUGCCCAACCGCGGUACAGAGGCAACGAGUAUUCGGUUACGAAACACAAAGCUAACAAUAAGAAACAUAUUUAUCCGCGAGGGACAACUUCUCAUAAUUGUCAGCUAUAAUAAGUCCCGUGCGUCAAAUAAUCACGCCUUUUAUGUUGUACGCUACCUGCGGGACGACCUUGCCUCUGCCCUAUUUCUCUACAUUGCCUAUAUACAGCCAUUUCUUGACUUUUUGGCAAAUCAGCUACAGCUACCACAAUAUCACAGCAAUGAGUACUUCUUCCCGGAUCCAAAGCACAAGAAGAAACAUCUAAGUUCAAUGCAGGCGACAGAAGCCCUUAGGUCGCUAACCCGACACCUACAGACGCCAUGGACAUUAUCGUUAUAUCGACAAGCAGCGAUCGCUAUUGCUAAGAGGUACAUAAGUGAGCUUAUUAGAGAAAAAAACUUCUAUUAUCCAUCCGAAGCGAGCACACCAAUCCGUAUGAUUGCUGCUGGUGUCGGACACCGGCCUCAAAUGCUUCUUACAGCUUAUGCAAUCGAUUCUGCACUGCCUACCCGACUACAGCCCGAGCUUCUUGAGAUGUACCGGCAAUUAUCGGCGCUUUGGCAAGCUUGGAAUCGAGAGUAUUAUAUGCAACACUGCGUCGGGGGAUCUAGUGGCUCAAGGAAUGCAAGCGCGAAGCUAGCCAUGGAAGAUCUAGGGCUUACAAUAACAUCUACAACUCAGCGUACAAGCGCUCAAAAAAGGCGUCAGUCCGAAGACCCCAGCACCGACCAUGCUCAGAGACGGAAAAAAAUCCUUUCAAAUGGGGGGACCAAGGGUGAUGUUACGGCGGCAGGAGCUAUUAAAGAGGGGUUCCCUAAUGGAUUUAUAUACAAUGCGGAGUAUCGAAUUCUUAUCUGCGUUGCCUGCGAGUCCAUGGUGUUUCCUGGCAAGCCAUCUUUUUAUACACAUCUAAAUCGCCAUCGAAUAUUAGGCUCUCUGUGCAAGGCUUAUAUAGAGUGGUUUGGCCGCCUUCAGCUUGCGCCUCCGAAAGAGCUUUCUACGCCAAAGAAGACAAUCCCUGCCAUCCCGCACCUAAAGAUAUACAGAUCAUUCCGGUGCAACAUCUGUCGCCACUACACAACCCGAUGGGAGCUAAGCCGUGACCACAUAGUUCAGCACAAACUUGGUAUCUCUCCAAGGCAAGCUACUGGUGAUGAUCCGGAUCGCAGUACCGGGCCGUCACAGCCGGUUCUAUAUACGGGAGCCCCGCCCUCAGCAGCGGAGGAAACACUCUUCGAUAGACUAAAGAACGACGUACAGGAAGCGGCGCGCGAUGUGGAGGACAAUGGGGCGGUUGUUGAAGAUUGCGGCCGCGGCCGAGCGGACCGGGAGCCGUGGCUACUCCACACGGGUUUCCCUACCCACCUUCGGGGGGUCACGAACACGGAGAUCUGGUCGUCAUUUAAGUUGCCGAAACAUAGAGAUACUCUGUUCCAGAGCAAGCAAGACAAAGACAAUGUCAACCGUCGCGAGAAUAGCAAUAACAAUAACAACAAUGAGGCAGGAGAGGAGGACGAGGAGGAUGAUGAUGAUCUUAGACGCAUACUGGCCGCAGCCGACGCCCUUUUUAGAAGUGCCUAUGCCCUAGUGUCGGAUCGGUCACCAAAUCGCAAAGUAACGCAGCAGCGUGCACAAACACUCAGCGACUUCGCAUGGGGCGCGGGUAAAAAGGGCAGGGAUACGGCAUUUCGAAGGUUCAAGAACCCUUCUUCCCUGGCAGAGUACUUCAGGACGAUGAAGCAGCUCCUCUGCCCAAGCCUUGUGUCCUCAUGGCUUGCAAAUACAAAGGCUCAAGAAUAUCCUUAA